AAGAAGGAGAUGCGGAUCCCCGGCCUCGGGUUCCUGCCUAAUAAGUUUCGGAAUCACUUCAUCGCCAUGGUCGGCGAAUUCAUCGGGACCUUCUUGUUCCUCUUCUUCGCCUUCAGCGCCACCACCGUCGCCAACGCUUCCAACCUGGGUGUGGGAGGUACUACCUCCGACGGCAGUCUUAGUCAGAGACCGAAUGCGCAGGCUCUCAUGUAUAUUGCUCUUGCUUUCGGAUUCAGCUUGGCGGUCAAUGCUUGGGUCUUCUUCCGCAUCAGUGGAGGUCUGUUCAACCCGGCGGUCACCCUCGGACUUCUCCUGAUUGGCUCGCUCACCUGGACCCGCGCUGGCCUGCUCUUCGUCGCUCAAAUGCUCGGUGCGUUGGCUGCGUCAGCAGUGACUUCGGCACUCUUCCCAUCCGCCCUCGAUGUGUCCACGACUCUGUCUGGCCGCACUUCGGUCGUGCAAGGUUUAUUCAUCGAAAUGUUCUUGACCGCGGAACUCGUCUUCACCAUCUUCAUGCUCGCUGCUGAGAAGCACAAGGCCACAUUCAUCGCUCCCAUCGGCAUCGGUCUCGCGCUCUUCGUCGCCGAGCUCAGCGGUGUCUACUUCACCGGUGGCUCCCUCAACCCAGCCCGCUCCUUCGGACCCUGCGUCGUCAACCGUCUCUUCCCGAGCUACCACUGGAUCUACUGGCUGGGACCCUUCCUCGGCGCCCUCCUCGCCGUCGGUUUCUACCACUUCGUCAAGCACCUCGAAUACGAGACCGCCAACCCGGGCCAAGACUUCAACGCCCACGAAGCGGAGAACUUCCACGUCGACGAGGACAGCGCU